UGCGUCGAUGUUAGUUUGACAUGGUCGCCCGCUAAGCCCCAGCGUGCAGCACUUCCUCAGUCUCAACACAAUAACUUUGUUCGCCCCGAGGAUGGAUCCGGGCACAGGACGGAUUGUCCUCCGGAAACAUGGCUCUGAAGCGACCUUCUCCGAGCUGUCCUAUGUCUACCCUCUCAAGUUGCUUUCGCCGCGUCUCUCACCGCAGAACGCCAACGCAGUAUAUGUUUUGACAUACGGCGGCGGGUUAGUGGGAGGUGAUCGCGUCGAACUGUCGGUCGUCGUGGACGCAGGGGCAGCUCUGGUUAUGUUGACUCAGGGCUCUACGAAGGUCUUCAAGAACAGACCUGGGCACAGAUUAUCUGCCCGCUCGCAGGGGACGCUUUCGGACGCCGUCACUACACAAAGCCUAGAAGUCUCUGUUGCACGCGAAGGCGCACUGUUCUUGCUCCCUGAUCCGGUGACAUGCUUUCGGUCGGCAGCAUACAACCAGGUACAAAUCUUCCGGAUCGACACCUCCGCAUCCCUCGUCCUCUUAGACUGGGUGACGUCUGGUCGCAAGUCGCUCGGAGAGGAAUGGGCCUUCUCGCGAUACUACAGCAUGAACGAGGUUUGGAUAUGCGAUCGACCAUUGGCGAAGGACGUCCGGAAGGCGAAGGACGCCCGGAAGGAAAAGGACGUCCGAUUGGUGAAGGACGUCAUGCUUCUGGAGGAGCAAGAGCCAGUCCAUUCCUUGCCACUACGGACGCUGGCCGACUCCCUCGCACCGUAUUCAUGUUAUGCCACCCUCAUUAUGUGCGGACCACUGGUACAGAGCACGUUGCGCUCCCUCUCAACGGAAUACGCUCAGGUGACCGUGUUCAAGCAUGCUUCUCCCCCAGACUUGCUAUGGUCGUUCAGCGUGAUAGGAGACGGUACAGCUUGUGUGGUGCGGGUGGCAGGAACGGAGACGGAGACGGUCAAGGACUGGCUGGGUGAAAGGCUGGCGCCGUUCGAGGGUGCGAUGGGUCCUGACCUGUAUCACAGGGCCUUUGGAUAAACGAGCAGGCUCGGAGGGAAAUCGAAGAGCAUGAAGACCACCCCGUCGGUAUCUCUUCGAUCUACAUCUACGAUCAUGCCGCCGCACAGAUCCAGAUCCUCCGUCGUGCGCUCGUCCGACCGUCAGUGCCGUUCGAACAGAGUAGACAAGGUUCACUACCACUCGUAGGUGCGAUGAACUGGCCACCUGCUAGAUCUGAUCACGUACAACGCCCCCACUACUUGUGCAUGUACACCAGCAUGACAUCGGGAAGGAGACUGUGGCGGCGUCUAG